GAAUGGCCGCCGCUUCCGGGUUGGAUGAUGUAGAGAUCUGCAGAAGUGAAGAGAAAAUCUGAAGGCACUUUUUUUCCCCCCUGACAGCAACUUCGAGGAAGUGUCUGAGGAGGAACGCCCGUCACCAACUUCCGGCACAAACUUGUGGCAAAGCUGAAACUGAACAGGAAGUCCAGAGAGAGAGUGAGAGCAAGAGACAUAGAAAGACCCAGAGUGUGUGUGUGUGUGUGUGUGGGAGGAAGUGUGUGUGUGUGUGUGUGUGGGAGAAAUGACGGAGUUCUGGGUGUGCUUUAGCUGCUGCAUCGCUGAACAGCCUCAACCAAAGAGGAGAAGGCGGAUCGAUCGCUCGAUGAUCGGAGAGCCAACCAACUUUGUACACAUGACACACGUAGGAUCAGGGGAUAUGGGGAUGGGCCUCUCGACGGUGAACACAGUUCAGGCACAGAUGAAGUCUAAAGGCGGUUAUGGGAAUGGCACACCAGAGAGCGUGCAGUGAUCCGCGUGGACACCAGUGUGUGUGACCUGCUGAACUGAAACAGUGAAGACGAGGAGCAACGCUGGAUUUAAACUCAUAAAUACACACACACACACACACACACACACACUGGAUCAGCGAGUCAGAGCACUGGUCUGUGAGAUGCGUGUAUAUCUGCAUAAUCGCACUGUUAGACGCUUAAAGCUUUCUGAUCAGAGUGUAAACAUUCACGCCCAUGCUCGCCACACCGACCAAUCAACAUCAGGCUUCCAUCAACUUUCUGCCCCUCCCCCCCCCAAAGAUGCUUUAUUUAUUUGGUGAUUUGUCUCGCGGGUUAAUAUGGUGGCUGGGCCACUACACAUUCAUUCUCACACACACACACACACACACACACCCAGAGUUUAAAUAAUGAGCGAGUGUGAGCGACAGAUUGAACACGGACACAUAGAGACGUAAAUAAUGAGCUUUUUUUUUCACGAUUUUAUAUCUUUUCAUAAAAAAUAUGAAUAUAUAUAUAUAUUCCGUGGGAUGUGGAAUAUCAUUAUUUUUUUAAAGCUUUUUAAACGUGCUGUGUUCAAAUAAACUUGACAUGUGCGACCUCACUGUAACGUCUUCCCACAGUGCUCUCCGUCACCGCGUUAAACUGCGGGAGGAUUUUUGUACAGAUGUUUUGAUGCCAAAAUAAAUGAUGCCAAGCAGCA